AUGCGCCAACCAUGGCUGUCAACUUUUACGGUUUACAUGGUUGUUUGUACAGCUCUGCCGCUUGUCAAUAAUUAUGCUCACCACGUUAGUACCAUAACUUCCUCAACUCAUGGUUCAACAAACGAAAGCCCGGCUUCUAUUGAACUGGCUCGCUCCAAGUUCACAGUUCCUGCACCGAACCUCUUCAUCAUUGAAAUAGCCCCUACGACAACUUUCACAUCAACAAGAAGCGAGCAAGAUCAACCAAACACACAGAGCAUUCAAUCGAGAUCAUCCGCAGUUACAGCAACAUCAUCCUCAACAGCACCAAUUGCUACAAAAGCAAAUGUAGAUGGAUGCAAUCAACAGGGUAUUGCCACAUCCCUACUUCAGUCGCAUCUAUGGGGAACGACGAAGGCAUUAGAUGUGCUUGAAUGCCAGAGGAGAUGUAUGACAGUCUCGCAAUGCAUUUCUUACUCUUUCCGUAUAGGAACUACUUCGGACGACAGUAACUGUGUUUUCUAUCACAUGUUUACUGCCAAUGGGACGAAUGCUGUGGUUCCGAGCGAAACGAGUGGGAUCUUCUUUUCGGAUAAAUAUCCAGAAGAUGGGAGCAACUUUUGCUACGCGGUUGUAUCUUCAAAUUGA